AUGGUUGUAGGAACUGGAGCUGCGGCUCUAGCAGGAGCUCGUACGACCAAAAAUGUUGUCAAUCAGAAGCCCAAUAUUCAAAUCAAGAUUGAGAAACACUUUAAUUCCAAGGUCUACACAUCGGGGUCCACCAUCUCCGGCCAAGCGCUUGUCAAAACUCAGAAGGACACUCGAUUCGAUGAUUUUGACAUCAUUUUCUCUGGUAUUGCUGCCACCCGUCUGGAUUUUGUUCAGCAGUAUCCUUCGCACUCGUUCCGACCUUUCAUGAAGCUUCGAAUGCCCAUCGACAGAUCCACUCUGCCAGAGAGUCACGUUUUUGAAGCUGGAAAGACGUACACGAUCCCCUUCAACUUUGUUGUUCCUCACCAUCUCACCAUUGGAGCUUGCAACCACUACUGCUCUUCACCGGCCGUGCAAGAGCAGCAUUUGCGUUUGCCACCUACUGUUGGUUUCUGGGAACGCGACGAUCAAGCCCCAGACAUGGUCCAGAUUGAAUACUCAAUCAAGGCCAGAGCUUAUCGCAGAGCAUCCGAAGCAGGAGGAAUCCCCCAAAAGAUUAUGGACGGGUACCACAUCCUCAAGGUACUUCCAGCUCUUCCCGAAGAUGCGCCUCUCGACAUUACCUUCAGAGAUGAGCGAUACAGCUUGUCCAAGACCAAGACCAUUCGCAAGAACCUCUUCUCUGUCAAGGCAGGAAAACUUACCGUCUCCGCGGCUCAGCCAAGUGCUGUGAUGCUAUCCGCAGACGGACGUCAUGCAUUGGGCUCCGUUGCUCGGAUCAGCCUGGAGUUUGCGCCUACCUCGACCGAGAGUGUGCCUCCCAAAAUCAACUCUAUUUCUGGCAAGAUUGUCUCUUCGACAUUUUUCGGUGCAGCUCCCUCUGACCUUCUCCCUAAUUUGGGAAGUCGAGCCACCUACACUGCCAAUCCAUCUCUCAGCUACACCGUGUCGAACAACAUCUUCAACAACAAGCCUGUGGAGAAAGUAGCCUGGCAGGUGCACAAUGUAUCUGGACGCCGGGACUCUGGAUAUUCUAGUUUGGGUAAUGCUGACGAGGAACAGUCAGAGAUGGAAUGCUCUGAUGACGCCUCGAAGACGAGCAAGAAAUGUCCAAUUCGACACAACGCUGUCGUUGACAUCCCAUUCAGCAUUCCCAUGACCAAGAAACUUUUCUUGCCCACUUUCCACUCGUGCCUAAUCUCUCGCACGUACACCUUGCACCUCAACCUGUCUGUCGGCGCAACUAACACGACCAUGUCGCUGGCGAUCCCGCUGCAGAUUGGUGUUGAGACCAUUUACGAGCCCCAGAACGCCGGUCUACCAAGUUUCGAGAGCGUCAUGGCCGAAAAUGAACAGGCCGCCGUGGGUGGUCAACUUGAUGUGCAUAACGCGCAGUUUCCCGAGCUGAUGGAGCACACGAACGGCAUGCUUCCGGGGUACGACGAAAUCAGCCGUCGAGCAGUUCGGGUUGCGUGA